ACCCACCCAAGAAGACCCCUGACACUAGACACCCCAAGACAAUCGAGCCAAUGGCGUCUUCGACCCCUUCUUCGUCCGCAACCUCCUCGAACGCAGGAGCAGAUCCCAACACGACCAACCUGCGCCCCACAACCUAUGACACCUGGUGCGGAGUGGCCCACGGGUGCACCCGGAAGCUGGGGCUGAAGAUCUGCGGCUUCUUGCAAAGAACCAACAGUCUGGAAGAGAAGAGUCGCCUUGUGAGCGCCUUCAAGGAGAGACAGUCCUCCAAGAACCUGCUUUCCUGUGAAAACAGUGAUCGUGAUGCACGCUUCCGGCGCACAGAGACCGACUUCUCCAACCUGUUUGCUCGAGACCUGCUUCCAGCAAAGAAUGGGGAAGAGCAGACUGUGCAGUUCCUACUGGAAGUGGUAGACAUACUCCUCAACUAUGUCCGCAAGACUUUCGAUCGCUCCACCAAGGUGCUGGACUUCCACCAUCCACACCAGUUGCUGGAAGGCAUGGAGGGCUUUAACUUGGAACUCUCUGACCACCCGGAGUCCCUGGAGCAGAUCCUGGUUGACUGCAGAGACACCCUCAAGUAUGGGGUUCGCACAGGUCAUCCUCGAUUUUUCAACCAGCUCUCCACUGGAUUGGAUAUCAUUGGUUUAGCUGGUGAAUGGCUGACAUCAACUGCUAAUACCAAUAUGUUUACAUAUGAAAUCGCACCAGUGUUUGUCCUCAUGGAGCAAAUAACACUUAAGAAGAUGAGAGAGAUAAUUGGAUGGUCAAAUAAAGAUGGUGAUGGGAUAUUUUCUCCUGGGGGAGCCAUAUCCAACAUGUACAGCAUCAUGGCUGCUCGCUACAAGUACUUCCCGGAAGUUAAGACAAAGGGCAUGGCUGCUGUGCCCAAACUGGUUCUCUUCACCUCAGAACACAGUCACUAUUCCAUAAAGAAAGCUGGGGCUGCGCUUGGCUUUGGAACUGACAAUGUGAUUUUGAUAAAGUGCAAUGAAAGGGGGAAGAUAAUUCCAGCUGAUUUAGAGGCAAAAAUUCUUGAAGCCAAGCAAAAGGGGUAUGUUCCUCUAUAUGUCAAUGCAACAGCUGGCACCACUGUUUAUGGAGCCUUUGAUCCAAUCCAGGAGAUUGCAGAUAUCUGUGAGAAAUACCACCUUUGGCUGCAUGUUGAUGCUGCCUGGGGCGGUGGUCUGCUCAUGUCCAGGAAGCACCGCCAUAAACUCAGCGGCAUAGAAAGGGCCAGCUCAGUCACCUGGAACCCUCACAAGAUGAUGGGGGUUCUGCUACAGUGCUCUGCCAUUCUGGUCAAGGAAAAGGGCAUACUGCAAGGAUGCAACCAGAUGUGCGCAGGGUACCUUUUCCAGCCAGACAAGCAAUAUGAUGUCUCCUAUGAUACUGGGGACAAGGCAAUUCAGUGUGGCCGCCAUGUGGACAUCUUCAAGUUCUGGCUCAUGUGGAAAGCAAAGGGCACAGUGGGAUUUGAAAACCAGAUCAACAAAUGUCUAGAACUGGCUGAAUAUCUCUAUGCCAAGAUUAAAAACAGAGAAGAAUUUGAGAUGGUUUUCGAUGGUGAGCCUGAGCACACAAACGUCUGUUUCUGGUAUAUUCCACAAAGCCUCAGAGGUGUUCCAGAUAGCCCUGAACGACGGGAAAAACUACACAAGGUGGCUCCAAAGAUCAAAGCUCUGAUGAUGGAGUCAGGCACCACCAUGGUUGGUUACCAGCCUCAGGGAGACAAGGCCAACUUCUUUCGGAUGGUCAUCUCGAACCCAGCUGCCACCCAGUCUGACAUCGACUUUCUCAUUGAAGAGAUAGAAAGACUGGGCCAGGAUCUGUAAUCACCCUGUGCAGAACAGGAGUUGAUGGGAAUUUCCCUUCCUCUAGCCCUCUAGAAUAAACCUCUAUUCCUUGUUGAAACACCUAGACCAUUUCAUUGGAGGAAAAUAUAGUAUCUUCAAGAAUAUCCCUUACAACUUACUUAAGCUUGUUUGUUAGAAUUAGUGGGAAAUAAUGUUUCUUUUUAAUUGCACAUUAGGGACCCAGUAUAUAUGUACAGUUAUAUAUACCUCUCUCUAUACACACACACACACACACACACACACACACACACACACGUAUAGUGAGUGUGGCUUGGUCCUAGAUACAGCAUGUCUUAUGGC